AUGAGGACAAAGACUACUACCGCCGCCGCCGCCGUUGCCGGCCUCUUCGCCGCCACGGCCUCGGCGCAGAACUCGACGGCCACCUGCGCCACCGGCGUCCACCUCAUCGUGGCCCGCGGCAGCAACGAGGCGCCCGGGUCCGGCCGCAUCGGCAGCGUCGCCAACGGCGUCGUGGCCGCCAUCCCCGGCUCCCAGAUCGCGCCGAUCGACUACCCGGCCGCCUUUGAAAACUACAACGGCUCGGUCGCCGCCGGCGACGAGGCCAUGAAGACGGCGCUGGUCCAGUACAGCUCGCGGUGCCCGGACUCCAAGGUCGCCCUGCUGGGUUUCUCCCAAGGCGCGCAAGUCGCAGGCGAUGUCUUGUGCGGCGGCACCGAGGACGACGAGAGCGACCAGUUGGACCUGGACUUUGUCGACACGACACCUGUGCCCUCGUCAGUCGUCGACCAGAGCGUCAUCGCCGUCAUCCUCUUCGGUGACCCGACGCACAACGCCAGCGCACCCUGGAACAGGGGCACCAGCACCCGCAACGGGCUCUUCCCCCGCGAGAACGUCACGGCCUGCGAGGCCUACGCAUCCAAGAUCGAGUCCUACUGCGACACGGGCGACAUCUACUGCGACGUCGGCAACAACACCAGCGUCCACGGGUCCUACUUCGCCAACUACACCGACGACGCCGUCGAGUUCAUCACCGCCCAGUUCAACGCGUCCAAGCACGCGGCCAACGGCUCGGCCACCCCCACCCCGACAGGCGUGCCCGUCUCCGGCGCCGCCGCCUCCGCCCCGGGCCUGCUGGCGUCCCUGGCCGGUCUGUCGAUGCUCGCGGCUUACAUGCUGUAA